GGGGCCGGGAUUUGAACCGAGGGUCUCCCGCCCGCGGCCCGGCUGCGUCGUCUGCGGCGGGUGCGGGAGGCGGCGGGCCGGGUGCCGGCCGGAGGCGGAGGCCGGGCUGGGGGCGCUGCCCUCCAGGCCAUGAUGGGCAAGGAGGAGGAGAUUGCUCGGAUCGCCCGGAGGCUGGACAAGAUGGUGACCAAGAAGAGCGCGGAGGGAGCCCUGGACCUGCUGCGGGAGCUGAAGGCCAUGCCCGUCACACUGCACCUGCUGCAGUCCACUCGCGUCGGCAUGUCCGUCAAUGCCCUGCGGAAGCAGAGCUCAGAUGAGGAGGUCAUCGCCCUGGCCAAGUCACUCAUCAAGUCCUGGAAGAAGCUACUGGAUGCUUCAGACGCCAAAGGCAGGGAUCGGCGGAGGGGCGGGGCUCUGCCCACAUCCUCAACAGAGGCCUGCGAAGCCAAGGAGCCCAGCCGCAAGAGGCCGGAGCUGCCUAGGACGCCGUCGACCCCCAGGAUCACGACGUUUCCCCCGGUGCCCAUCACCUGCGACGCCGUGCGCACCAAGUGCCGCGAGAUGCUGGCCGCAGCCCUGCAGACGGACCAUGACCACAUGGCCAUCGGUGCAGACUGCGAGCGCCUAUCGGCCCAGAUUGAGGAAUGCAUCUUCCGGGAUGUGGGGAACACUGACAUGAAGUACAAGAAUCGUGUGCGCAGCCGCAUCUCCAACCUCAAGGAUGCCAAGAACCCCGAGCUGCGGCGGAACGUGCUGUGUGGGGCCAUCGCGCCCCAGCAGAUCGCGGUGAUGACGUCGGAGGAGAUGGCCAGCGACGAGCUGAAGGAGAUCCGUAAGGCCAUGACCAAGGAGGCUAUCCGUGAGCACCAGAUGGCCCGCACGGGCGGCACGCAGACCGACCUGUUCACCUGUGGGAAGUGCAGGAAGAAGAGCUGCACCUACACACAGGAGGGUGGGUGUGCUGUGCUGCGUAGUGAUGGCCGCAGGACUCCACUCACAUGCGUGGAGGUGGAUGCUGAUGUGGACCCCCAGAAGUGCUGGGGAACCCUGGUGCAGACCCGCAGCUCUGAUGAGCCCAUGACCACCUUUGUCGUCUGCAACGAGUGUGGAAACCGCUGGAAGUUCUGCUGAGCCCUCAUGCACGUGUGCCUGCAGCCCUGGGCCGUGGCCAGCGCUGGCGGCCCUCCCCAUAGACAGCUUCUCUGGAGACCCACCCUCAGCCGGCCCGGGUUCCCCGGAAGCAGUGCGUCCUGCCCCCACCUGCCUGCAGCACAGCUUUCUCCCAAAUUAUUAAAUGUUUCUUUUUGCCACUG